AAACAAAAAUAUUACUUGCGUGUUCUGAUGAGGCGUGAAUUUUAUAAAAAUUGAUUUUUUAUUUUCAAUCUCGUACUGUGUCGACCACCGAUGGCUGGGAAGCUGAAUAAAUUCGAAACCCCCAGUUCUGCUAGCUCGGAUAGGUAAAAAGCGUGCUAAGUUAGUGCAAUUGUUUGUUUGAACAGCUGUCUCGCGUCAAUAAAAUUCCGUAUUACAUUAUUUUUCAAGUGCUGGUUUAUACUUACAGUUUUUUUUGAAGUGGAGUGUGUUUUGUUAAUAACGAGAGUGUCUAGGUUUUAGUUGAACGCCUGCAUUAUAACCUCUCCGGCCGUGCAUUGUGGUUUUUAUUUUUAGACUUUUAUUUAGUUCGUUGGCAGCGGAGUCGAGCGGCACGUGCUUGCCGCUUGCCGCUGACGCGAUGGACCCCGCAAUCAUCUUCGCGAACCCGUAAGAGCAAUCCGUUGACACAGAGUUGGCUUUGGAGCUGGGAGAGCAAGUGUUCCUAGACGAUGAAGAUUACUCGACCAGAGCCCCGGCGUCGCCGACCACGGUCCCGAAUGUUCGCCCGUACCGGCCUCCAUCUACAGGAUCAAACAUCCUCAAGUCGCCGCGGGCGCGGCGUGUGCGCACAACAUCAAUGUCGCAGUCAAACAAGCGUACGGCUGCCGAAAGCAUACUACACGCCGACAGGCGUACUAUAUAUACGGCCGGGCGUCCGCCUUGGUACAACUGUACUGGUGGACAGGAGGUUGAACCGUUCCUUAUCGGUAUAUGCGGCGCAAGUGCUUCAGGGAAGACCACAGUCGCCGCAAAAAUCAUAGAAUCUCUAAACAUGCCCUGGGUGACUAUCGUCAGCAUGGAUUCCUUCUAUAAGGUAUUAAAUGAGAAGCAACACCAAGCUGCGACCCGGAACGAGUACAAUUUCGACCACCCGGACGCUUUUGACAUGGAGUUACUAAGCGGCGUUCUACAGCGACUCAAGGAAGGCAAGAAAGUUGAAGUGCCGAUAUACAACUACGUCACGCAUUCUAGGGAGAAUCGCACUAAAACAAUGUACGGAGCGAACGUGAUAAUUUUCGAAGGUAUCCUAGCGUUCUACAACAGCGACGUUCUUAAUAUGUUGGACAUGAAAGUAUUCGUGGACACAGACGCUGAUAUAAGACUCGCUAGGCGACUUAGAAGAGAUAUAGUCCAACGCGGUCGCGACCUCGAAGGGGUCCUAAAGCAAUACAUGACCCACGUGAAGCCGGCCUACCAGAGCUACAUCGCGCCCUGCAUGGCGCACGCCGACAUCAUAGUGCCGCGAGGCGGAGAGAACAAAGUCGCCAUACAUUUGAUAGUGCAACACGUUCACAAACAACUGCAGCUGAGAGGUUUCAAAGUUCGAGAAAAGCUCGCCGUCGCACACAUCGGUCAGCCCGUACCAGACUCCCUAUAUCUUCUCAAAGAUACGCCACAAGUGCAAGGUCUCCACACGUUCAUCCGCAACAAGGACACGCCUCGGGACGAGUUCAUAUUCUACUCUAAACGCCUCAUGAGACUAGUCAUCGAAUUCGCUCUGUCAUUGUUACCCUACUCGGAGCGGACGGUGGAGACACCUCAGGGAUUCUCUUACAAAGGUCGUAAAUGCGACGUGGAGAAAAUCUGCGGCGUGUCCAUUUUGCGAGCCGGCGAGACCAUGGAACAAGCCGUGUGCGAUGUGUGCAAAGAUAUCCGCAUAGGAAAGAUACUCAUACAGACCAACCAGGAGACUGAUGAGCCGGAGCUAUACUACCUCCGCUUACCAAAAGACAUAAAAGACUACCGCGUGAUCCUGAUGGACGCCACCGUGGCGACGGGCGCCGCAGCCAUCAUGGCCAUCCGCGUGCUGCUCGACCACGAUGUGCCCGAGGACCACAUUAGCCUCGUCUCGCUACUUAUGGCUGAGAUUGGGGUGCAUUCUAUAGCCUACGCUUUUCCUCAGGUAAAAAUCGUAACCUCUGCCUUAGACCCGGAGAUCAACGAGAAAUUCUACGUCCUCCCCGGCAUCGGGAACUUCGGCGACCGCUACUUCGGCACCGAGCCCGCCGACGACGAGCGAGACUGAACCCACUGCCCAGCGCGUAAGGCUGAUUAUUGACUGCACUUGUACACGUACAUAGGACCUUUCCCUUUAUUCAUAAAACUACGGACCUGGGCGGCUACCGGGAAAAUCGAAAUUCGUCAAUUGCGGGCAUUUUUCUCUGUCACUCUGAUUACGUCUUACUAAGAGUAAAAGAGAAAGAUCCCCGCAAUUUGCGAAUUUCGGUUUUCGCGGUAGGCCCCCUGAUUUAGUUAAAUUAUGGUAUCCCUUUCGUACAAAUACGUAAGUCGAAAUGACAGAUAAGGACAAACGAUUCAUAGCUAAUUCAGACCAGUAACGCGUUUAUGAAUAAGGCCAAUAGGCUAUACUGUUAACUGACUGGCAGACCAAGCUUACUUUGCAGGGCAUUUGAAAUGACAAAGUGUGGCAAAGUCAUUGAUGGCAAACUUUGAAAAUAUGACGUUUAAAAUUAAAAUGUUGGCUUAUAGGUUCUACAGGGGUGGUUUUUAUUGUUGUCAGUUAUGUGUUCUUAGGGUUUCCAGACAUAGGGGGUAAUAGCAAAGAUAAUUAAUUUAUAAGAUAAUUAAUUUACUGUGACUACAAAAUUUUCUUUGACAAUCCUCCUCUAUUUCAAAUUAUUUUUGGUAUUACUGCAAUGUUCUACCGCCAGAGUGCAGCACUAGCAAAUACCAUAAACCAUAGAGUACAUUAUACAUAGGUACUAUGCUUUAAACAGUUUUUAAAGAACUUCACUAUGCCUUGAUGACGGUUUGUUUACAGAGAGCCUACUGCGAAACGCGAAAAUUCGUUGUCUGCUUCUCUAUCGCUCGAAUAUGCAAGAGUGAUAGAGAGGCAGAUAACGAAAUUUCGAAUGAAAUUUCUGUGCUUCGCGGUAGGCGCUUAGUAUGCGCUUGGCGCUCUGUACGCAGAGUUUUGCGUAGAUAUAUUCCUUAUUAUAUGUUUUUUUUUGCUCAGAAUUACAAACACUAAUGAUUCUAAAUAAUAGACUACAAGAAAUGGUUUUCAAUAUUUCUAAAUUCACUAACGCUAUUUCUCUGAGCACUAGCAUGGAGGUAACGUAACCUCCUAAGUGCUUUCAAAAGGACAAAAUAAAAUCCAAUUUUGAACUAUAAUGAAAUAAAAGAAUUCCAAAUUCAAAACUGAAAAAAUGACUCAGAAUAAGGAGGGUAAUGGAACAUUGGAAAUAGAAAUUAAUUAUCCUUUUUUAUCCUAGUACAGUCAAGGUAUUAAAUAUCGACACGUACAAAGUGCCAAAAAUAUGUACACACGACCUUAUUGCCUAUACAUUAAAGUAGUGUAUACAUAUUUUUGGCACUUUGUCCGUGGCGAUAUUUAAUACCUUGACUGUACAGUCAGCAUCAAAAGUAGCGGAACAAAUAACGUUUCAUAAGUAUCUACCAUUCUGGAACAGCUUAACAAAAGUGAUGUCUUUAAUAUAGAACGCCUAAGACUGUAACAGAUAAACUUUAUAACGCGAAUUGUAGAAAUUUAUCUAAGAAAAGUUAUCCGGAAUAUCAGAUACUUUUGGCGCGUUGUUUACUCCGCUACUUUUGAUGCUGACUGUACAGUCAGUAGUGGGUCGGACUAACCUUAAAUUUCAACAACUAACUUACAACCAUACAAAGAAACACCUAAACACAUAACUUCCAUUAAUGGCCAGCUAAGAGUGUUACCGUUAAAGUACGCCUAAGUUAUCUUUACGCUGCCAAAGUAUAGGAGAGCCAGUAUAUAACUCAUAUUUAAACAAAAUAGUGGUGGCACUUUCACACUUUCUCACUUUCAAGUCGGUAAAGUUAGCUUGGACUGACUCUCGUACUGUU